GACUAUACAUUUUGCUCAUGGCUGCCGGUACAGCACCAUCAAAAAUAUCUCUAUCGCAGCAUGAUGUAGAACGUACGAACCUUCUCAACAUGGCAAAGCUUGCCAUUAAAGGUCUACUAGAGUCGUCUAUGAAGACAGGCAGAACUUUAGACGAUUCACAUGGCCCUCUUAGACAGUUUUUCGUGGUCUUGGAGCAUGUUAUGAGACAUGGGCUGAAAGGCAAAAGAAAUAUACCAAUUCCUGUUAUUGGGAUGAAGAAAGACUUUUGGGGUGUUGCCGAGUGUUUGGAGAAAGUGUCGACUGAAUGCGCUGAACUGGUGCAGAGUGCAAGGAACUUACCUGGAGUGAAGACUGGACUGGGGAGAGGACGGGCAUGGAUGAGACUGGCAAUGAUGCAGAAGAAAUUAGCAGAAUAUUUUCAGAUCUUGAUUGAGCGCCACGACAUUAUAGACAAUGUUUCCCUGCAAUUGAAUGGAGAUGAGAUAUCUCCACUUUCAAGACCCUGGUUUUUCUUUUUCUCAUCAUCUCUUGACCACUUGGCCAGUUUUUCAGAUAGUUGGUGGCUUAUAUCUCCCAGCAACCAAGCUGUUCAAAAACUAAGGGAACGAAAGAUGGUUUAA